CAGACGGACAGCAAACGAGCAGGGCAGGGCAGGGCAGCCGUGGACCGGACGUUGCAGAGGGAGGCAGAAGAAGCGACAGCUGGCGGGCAGCUGAGCAACCUACGCUGAGGCCCGGCGAUAACUGGAAGACGGUAAGGUUAGAGGUAAGGAGGUGCCACUGCCCGGAACCUGAACGUCACCUGCAAGCAGCCUGGAGCGGAGGGGCCGCCUGCGGGCAGUGAACAGCACCUACCGAACAGGCCUACAGCACCUCCCGUCGAGGCACUUUAGGUUCAGGCAUGGCCCGCGUCGGCCAACAGCUGGCGGCGGCCGCCCGUCGCCUGUUCUGCCUGCACACGCCAGGUGGCGACAGGGACGACGAGGCCACGCGAAGCAGCCAUAACCACAAACGGGACCCCGUCACGCAUGCAAACGCCGACUCCUCGCAAACAACAACCACCGCCGCCACCACCCUUCUUCCCUCCUCGUCCGCCCCAGCAAACCACACGACAACACCAUCAACCACCAUCACCACCACCGCAACCAGCACCGCUCACGCAGCAGCACAGAGCGAUCCCAUACAGCACCAGCCCCAUCGAAGCGUGACGACCGCAGCGGGUCAGAGCGUAGACAACGACACCAUGGCCGACUACCGUGACGACGACGAUCACAACAAGGAGAAUGCGCCCCCCGGUGCUUCCUCUUCUGCCAGACGAGCCCCUCGCGGGGUGGCGGACAUCACCCCCGUCCUGGGAGAGCUGAGCCUCGGAAAGCAAGGCGACGACAAGCUCGCGCCCAAGGUCACCCGACCUCUCGACAACGACCCUGAGGCUGUCCGCGUGCGCGAGCAGAACCAGUUCUUCAUCAACGAGGCCCUCGAAAUGGCCCGACUCGCCCUUCGCACCAACGAGACCCCCGUCGGGUGUGUCCUCGUCCACGAGGGCAAGAUCAUCGCCAAGGGAAUGAACGCCACCAACGUGACGCGCAACGGCACGCGCCAUGCCGAGCUCAUGGCCAUCUCGUCGCUGCUCUCGACCCCGAGCCCUACUGGCCCCAAGACCACGUCUCUGAAGCCGUGGAUCCCGCCUAAGCCGGAGGAGGCAGAGAAGGACAAGAAGCCGGCCGCCGAUGGCGAGGCAAAGGUUGAAACGAAGGAGCCUGUCGACACUGCAAAGGCACCUGUCGACAUUGCAAAGACUCCCAUCGAUACUGCAAAGCCACCUGUCAACACUGGAAAGACUCCCAUCGACACCGCGAAUGCCUCUGCGGAUGUUGACACUGAAAAUGAUGCCAAUAACGCAGACGCGCCUCCUGACGACGCCGGAGGCAAAAAGGCGCCCUCCGUCUCGUCAGAGCAACGCCGACCCGACGAGGGCAACGAAGACGGCAGCAAGGGUCAUCUCUACCCGUAUGGACAGAGAUUCGUCGGCUUUGAACGCGUCGAUCCCAAGAUUAUUAGCGAGUGCGUUCUCUACGUGACCGUCGAGCCAUGCGUCAUGUGUGCGUCUCUCCUCCGCCAGUUCGGCAUCAAAAAGGUAUACUUUGGCGCCGUCAACGACAAGUUCGGCGGCACGGGCGGUGUCUUCAGCAUCCACGCCAACUCGCUCCCGGUCAGUGAGGACGGUCAGACCGCCUCGGCCCACCCCCUGCCGCGCGAGCCGCAGUCCCAGCUGCCCGAUAGCAGCGACACGCUGGGAAUGUCGUACCCGCCCGGCGGCGGCGACGGCGGCAACGUUGAGCCAGGAUUUGAGAUUGAGGGCGGCUGGGGCCGUGACGAGGCCGUGGGCCUGCUUCGCCGUUUCUACGUUCAGGAGAAUGGGCGUGGUGAGUAGUCAUGUUCCCGGGCUGUGCCCACUCCCCUAUAGCACGAGUUCUGACAUGUCCAGCCCCUGUGCCUCGCAAGAAAGAGGGGCGCGCCGCCCGCUUGGCUGCUAUGAUGGAAAAGGAUGGUAAUGUUUCUUCUUCGACUUUGGGGGAGGGUGCCGCCGAAUCGCCGGACGGCGACGCGGUUGGCUACGAGUCCCUCGGCGACUCUAAUAAGGAAAACGAAGAUCACCUGGGCGAUGAUGACAUUUACGAGGACGACGGCGACUACCUCGGUAUGAUGGCUGGCGGGAUGGCGCGCCACAACGCGGGCAUGGGCAUGUGAAAUCGGCCCCCGGAUUUUCGUUGAGACAACAUUGCUGUAGGAUGGAAGUGGCAUCGUGGUGCGUGUUGCUUUUUUUGCUUGCUUGGGAGGGAGAUACCCGAAAUGUACACCACGAGGCAAGACGCGGCCUGAACUGGAGGGCUACGUGUAAUAGAUACUAGAUGAUUGUGCGC